AUGAUCAAGGUGGUGAGCAUGAAAGACUCCAUCGGCGGAUACGAUCACGUUUAUGAUAGAGCUGAAAAGUUCUGCCAGAAAGAAGGCUCUCACCUGACAUCGAUCCGUUCAGAAGAUGAACUAGGGUUCAUAUCAGGUCACUAUUUCAUCAUUAACUUCACUAUGUUCAUUUCCGAUAAAAUAUCAUGGACAACA